AGAGGAGGAGAGAGAGAGAGGUGGUAGUAGUAGUAGUAAUAAUAAUAGUGCUGCUGCAGGAAACUCGGUGCACCUUCAUCACCACCACCACCAUCAUCAUCAUCAUCAUCAUCAUGCAUGAGCCAGAGGCAGAAACAGCAUCAGCUUGUGCUGCUUCUUAACUAUUGACUGGAGGAUUUUCCCCCCAGCUGCACGCAUGGGCACCGACAGACUCCAAGGAAUAAUUUAAAGGGAAAGAGUUUUGCGCACCAGGUGCAGAGAGCAGCUUCUCUGCCAUCAUGGCCGGCCAGGACUGGACUGACUGGUUCGAAAGGGAGGAACUGAUCGGGCAGAUCAGCGACAUCCGAGUGCAGAACCUUCAAGUUGAGAGAGAAGUCGUUCAGAAGCGGACCUUCACAAGAUGGAUGAAUCUGCAUCUCGAGAAGUGUAAUCCUCCGCUGAUGGUGCACGAUCUUUUCCGUGACAUCCGAGAUGGGCGAGUUCUCAUGGCCUUGCUUGAGGAGCUGUCAGGAUGCAGGCUGCUCCAUGAAUUCAGACCAUCCGCACAUCGCAUUUUCAGGCUUAAUAACAUAGCCAGGGUAUUGUCAUUUCUGGAGGAAAGAAAUGUAAAGCUGGUCAGCAUUGAUGCUGCUGACAUCGCUGAUGGCAAUUCGUCCAUUGUGCUCGGGCUUAUCUGGAAUAUCAUCCUCUUUUUCCAGAUAAAAGAGCUUACGGGAAACAUAAGAAACCAAUUCCCAUCUACUUCCAGCCUGUCUUCCAUCCCAACCAGCUCCGACUCGGACAUGUCACUGUCCAGCACACCGUCAGACGAGAAGAAACCUUCCAUCGUUGCCAGGGAUCAUGGAAAAGCCAUAAAGACUCUCUUGCAAUGGGUCCAGAGACGUACCAGGAAAUAUGGUGUGGCGGUCCAGGAUUUUGGCAAGAGCUGGACAAGUGGUCUGGCUUUUCUUGCAGUCAUCAAAUCCAUUGACCCAAGUCUGGUGGACAUGAGGAGAGCCCUGCUCAGAUCGCCCAGAGAAAAUAUCGAAGAGGCCUUCAGGACUGCACAUUAUAGCCUGGGAAUCCCACGACUUUUGGAGCCUGAAGACAUAACCCUGAACCGUCCUGACGAACAGUCCAUAAUGACCUACGUGUCACAGUUUCUGGAGCACUUUCCAGGAAUCGAGGAGGACGAACCUUCGAAUAUCCUGGAGAGGAAUAAGGUCAGUGCGCGGAUGACCGAGCCUCCGGUUAAGAAUGGAGUUCAGAGGAAGAGAGAAAAGCCGAGUGUAGUGAAGAAGGACUGGGUUCAGCCUCCACCUAAGAUCUUUAUCUCCUCAGUGGUUAAAGGUCAAGAACAAAAACGUUCUCCUGUCCCACUCCAAACAGUAGAGGACCGGCCAUGGGACAGUGAGGACUCCUCAGUAGGUUCAAGUCCAAGCACUACAGAAAACCGGCCCCUUAGUCACUCCUUGGUCCUGAACAAGGACGCGUCCUCUCCCUUGAGCUCCCCUCAGCCGUCUCUCAACGACUCGGCUAUGGAUUUUCCAGAAUCGUGGGCUGAGACGCCUAGUGAGCUCCCACAGUCGUGCAGCAAUGACUCUCUGAGAGAUUCGACCUCAGCAGGAGAUCUGACCUCACUCGGUUCUCCACUUGAAUCAGAGAGAGGCCUUCAAGAUCAGGUAGAUUCAGAGUUGUUCAUUGAUGAGGGAAACUUCUCGCUCAGCUUAGAGGCUAGAACCACAUUGCUGUCUGAGGAGGAGGAUGCUUAUAGGUACAUUUUAGCUCUUAAGGAGAACGAAACUGCCAGUGACGUCCCCAAUGAGGAUAUUAUUAAAAUCUCACAUGCCAAGGAACCCUGUCUCGAGACCGAUCCAGAUAAACCCACAUCUUCUGAUCCUUCUUAUGGGGAUUGGGACUCUGGAUACUACCCGGAUCAGAAGGAUAUCUCCACCACUCACCCAGAUGAUGUCACAGAGCGUUUGCUGAACCCUGACUCUAAUAAACCCAUUGCUGUUGUUGAAAAUGAACCAGAAAACCUAGCUGAAAAUCACAAAGAAAGUCUUGAGUCUUUCAGCACCGAACCUGUACAGAAGCUCCGUAUGGAAUCAGAUCAAACAAAUGUGUUUGAAGAUGACCUGGAGUGGCCUGUCGUUCAGUACGAAAGGAUUUCCAUUUCAGGGAGUGAAGAAGACCUUGAAGAACUUGGCACAGAGUUGUGUGAAGAACCUCUUGAUGAGGAACUGGUGGGGCUCCAGAUGCCAGAUUUGUUAAGUGGAAGGAUGGAGGACGGUGCCGAAGAGGAAAAUCACAGUUUCAAAAAAACUGUAGAAAUAGAUCAGGUGCAAGAACCAGAGCAGGACAGUCCAGAGGGAGAUAAUAAAGCAGAUCAGAUCACUACUGAGGUUGAGCUUCCUCAUAUCCCAACACACAGCAGCCAGCCUGGGGAAACAGAUACUGAGGCAGAGAUCCAAGAAAAAGAGGAACAGAAGUCUGGCACAGAGGAUUCAAGCAAAACUGAACAGCAAACAAUGAAAGAUUUGCGUGAAUCCUGCCAAGAGCUGACCGACAGGCUGGUGGAGACAAACUUUCCUGAGGUUGAAGAAGAGAACUCCGAAUCCACUUCUUUGAAGCAGUCCAAGAAAAUGGGAGACAUCUAUGUCGGUGAAGAAACAUGUCAGGGUGACUUUGGCGUUGUUCAAGAGGAUAUGGUCACUAAAAGCAAGCUGGACGAUGAGCUGAAUUCAAGUCUUCCUAAAACUGAGGUUAUACCUGAAAAUAGGACCAUUGAUGAGCACAAAGUGGAGAACAUGAUAGAAGACGAUGCCUCAUCCGGUCUGAAAGAUAUAUCAGUAUCUGCAACCUCUUCGAGUAAUGCCCUUGUAUCUGACAUCCCCCAACCUGAGGACUUGCACGAGCCAAAUCCUGGUGCUCCAUCCUGUGAAGAAGAUGAGCAAUCUUUCAGCCCACUGACACCCUGCACAGUAGACCAGACACGUCAUGACGAGAACGAUGAGCAGGCCGUUUGCGAAGAGUCCAAGAUUAUGGAUGCGGAGCGGUCGGAGAGGUACCGUGCGGAGCUGAGGCUGUCGCUCAGCGUGACUCCUCUGCAGCCUGCGCCCUCGCAACCUGCGCUUACUGACUCUGACCGUGCGCAGGAAAAGGUUGAUUAUGGGGUUGUAGAGUCUCCGGGACAGAGUCCGUUCGGACUUUGGGUUUCACACCCAGGAGAAUGGGGCCUGGUGGAGACGGACCUGGAUGCAGAACUCGAGCGUAGGAACCGGGAGGAACGGGAGAUCAGGGAGGAACGGGAGAUCAGGGAGGAACGGGAGAUCAGGGAGGAACGCCAGAACGGAGAGGAACGCCAGAACGGAGAGGAACGCCAGAACGGAGAGGAACGCCAGAACGGAGAGGAACGCCAGAACAGAGAGGAACGCCAGAACAGAGACUCUGCCAGAGAAAACACGGACACACUGAGGAAAGAAGCUGACAGUCAGCGAAGCCCUGAAGAUGAAAACCAGCCACUGGCAGUAUUGAAAGUACCAGAAGUGGCGGACGUGAAAGAAGUAGAGAAUCCCAGAGAAAAUGGAGAAGCUCCUGCUGCCAUCACGAUGAAUCAUGCAGCCGAAAGGUGUGUGAUGUGUAAUAAGAAGGUGUGCAGUCCUGCACGGACUCCACAGCGUGCAAAUCGACCAGAGUUCUCUGAAGUUGACUUCCUGCUGCUCAUGUGGCUCCUUCUCUACUGCCUGUUCGUCCUGCCUCACAUGGACCUACGGACAAUUUCCCGCUUCCUGCUCAACCUGGAUGAAUGAAACGGACGAGUUGAACUAGAGCAGGAUUCAUUCACACAGGAUUCUGCUCGCUUUCUUCCACAGCUCGCAUACCGUGAAUGGACGUCCUGGGAGAACUGACAGCACGUUGCCAUAUCUAUACAUAAAUCCUUGUGUGCACACGUGGACUUAUCGAAGGGUGCGUUUACUGAUGAGGGGUUUUUUUUGGCAUCGGCCAACAGGUUGCCGGGUUUACAGCAGUCCUUUAGCCUAUACACUGCAUCUUCUGGACACGAAUGCUUUAACAAGUCUAUACUUUAACAAGAAGAUUAAUAUUAUGGAUAAUAAAUAAUAAUUGUUUGCAGUUUCGGCCUUGGUAUGGUGAUGCUUAUGCUGUUUGACAUCUUGAUUGUGCACUAUUUUUUUUUUUUUUAAUUUACUUACUUACUUUUUUUUUUUAGUUUAAGCUAACUAAAAUGCCAUCACCAGUAAGGAUUUAUGAGACACAACACCUGAGUUCAGACUGUAUUCUUUCUUUCUCCUCUAGAGAUAAAGUCUUGCCCUUUUUAAGAUCUUCAAAUGGAAACUAAUUUUGACCCUAAUUAUUAUUCACAAAAUGCCAUGAUUAUUGUGUUUCUUUUUUUUUUUUUUAUUCAUUCUAAUGUUUUGUUGCCGAUCGUUUGGUGUGAUUUCAUUAGAUUUCCAAACUGUAAUGAUUUUAUUGAUUAGUCUUAUUUUGCUAAAAAGGUGUAAUAAAUAAAUAAAUAAAUAAAUAAGUCCUAUUUUUAUGGAGAAUUACAUAAAACAAGACCUUUUGGUUUUUUUAAAGGCAAAUCCACCCUGAACAAAGUCCAUAUUAAUAUUUAGAAUUUUUACGAGCAACAAUGCAAACGUCAGCGGCGUCAGAUUUAUUCAUGUAAGUCCGUUUGUGACGUCAUAGCGAUAAACAAAAUGGCAAAUAUUUCAAUAUAAACAGUGAACAAGCUUCAGGGUGGAGUUUUCUUUUAAGAUAUUAAUGAUUCUUAUGACCUAACAAGAAGAAAAUAUCAUGUAUGAUUUCAGGUUUUCAGAUUGUACUUAACACCAGUAAUUAGAAUAUCUUUACGAUCGACACGUGCCUAAAUGCUGAGGGAGGAUUUUUAUUUAUGUACAAAAAGAAUAUCCUGAAUGGUCCUCUCGAAAGCAGGCUAAAUCAAUUUCAAUUCAAAUGCACUUUUUUUCUUCUUUGUACGAAAUCCACGACGUAUACAAACCACAAGUUUUGAAGUGAAGCUUCGCCGAGCGCCAAAGAUUGAGUUUUGACGCUAGAGUUCAGGGGCUGAAGAAAGAUGGAUUUCGCUUUUUUUUUUUUGAAUAAUGAAGUUAUAAAGUAUUUAUAAAGCGACCGAGCUGUUGUUCUCUAUUUGCGUGUCUAUUCCACAGCAUAUAAAUCAUGUCUACACUGCUCAGUUGGACCCUUUGCUGAUGUUUUGUUUAUUUUUUAGUGAGGUCUUGUAUGUAUCUGGUAUUAUAUAAAGCCAUUUCUAAGUGCUUCUUUUUUCUCUUCCUGUUGACACGUCGUGUUUGUCAUUUUUUUUCUCCUUUAUACGUGUAGAUAAGUUAGAGAUGAUCCUUUUCUUCAUGCUGUAUGUCUGUACACUUUGAUGAAAGCUCAGAACACCAUUUGCAAAGCACUGUGUGUUGAAAUACUGAACGUCUUCUAGCAGUCAUAUAAGGCCCGCUUCCAUGAUCUCUGCAUGAGGAUUUUUUUUGGUUGCGGAUUUUGUAAAGCUAUCUGGUAAAUCGUACUUCACUUUUGUAUUGAAGAUCCUUGUGCAAAUAAAUAACAUGCCUCUUGAAAACAA